AUGGCCUCGUCCUCCGGGGAGCCAGGGCUCCUGUCCUGUGGGGCCUGUGACAUGGUUUUCCAUUCUUGGGCCCUGUUGGCCACCCACACCCAGCGCUUCUGCAUUGGCCGCACGAGUCAGGAGGUGACACUUGGAGCACAGCCCUCCACAGCCACUGAACUAGAGGGCCCAGAGGUAAGGGCUUCCGCCGUGGCCAAAGGUGGGGUUGUGCCACGAGAACCCAUGAGCAUCUCAGACCUGGAGUCUAGCAAGUCGGCUCUAAAGAGGCUAACAGAGGAGGUGCAGCGUCUGCGGCUGUCCCUCCAGGAAAUGCAACCCAGGGUAACAGAGUUCCCCAGAGGGUCAGAGGAGCCCUGGAGGCGCUCUGGUUCAUUGGCGCCGAUUCAGGGACCCACCUCAUAUGCCACGGGGAGCCCCGACGAGCGGCUGCAGGCGCUGAACUUGAAUCACACAAGGCGCGUGGCAGAAAUCGAGGCCCAGGGCCGGGCCCUGGAGCGACGCGGCGAAGAACUGAGCCUUCGCCUCCAGGGGGUGGCCGAGACCCGGGGCGGGAUAUCUCGCCUAUUCGCCCUGGAGCUGGAGCUUCGAGAACUCCGGACUGAAGCCAGGCGGACGCGGGGAGCUCUAGAAGCGCUAGAGGGACGCAUUCAACAGCUACAGCCUGAGACUGGGCCCCGGCCGAAAGCUUUGCGAGAGGCUGAACUCGGUUGCCCAGUGCUGCAGGCCAACCCAGGGACUCUGGCUGCUGAGAUCGGGGCCCUCCGUGAGGUCUACGUUGAGGGCGGGGGCCGGAACCCCGAUGUUCUCGGCCAGAUGUGGCAGCUACAAGUGGAAGCGUCAGCACUGGAGUUGUGGCGCUCACGGGCUCGCAGGGAAAAAAGAGCAGGUGCCGCUCCGGGGGAGCUUCUGGUAGUAGAGGCCGAGAACCGACGCUUGGAGGCAGAAAUCCUGUCCAUGCAGAUGCAAAGGGUCGCGGGCCCGACACCCUGGGGGCCCGGGAAUCUGCCACUCCUGGCUAGUCCCAGACCACGCCGGAGGGGAAGGGGAGAUCCCCCACUCCUCCCACCGCCGGUGGCUCCCCCACUGCCGCCGCUGCCACCCUCCACAGAACCGCUGCUUUCUGGAAACAUGUUUAGGAACCUGGGUCUGGACCCACACCUUCUACCUCCAUCUGACGUGCUGGGCCCUGCUCCCUAUGACCCCGGGGCCGGCCUGGUCAUUUUCUAUGACUUCCUGAGGGGCCUCGAGGCCUCUUGGAUUUGGGUGCAGCUAAUGACUGGUUUGGCGAGAGACGGACAGGAUACAGGAGGGACCACAGCAUUGCCCCCAGCCGUUUGCUUGCCCCCACCUCCAGCUCCUGGGCCCACCGGCAACUGUGCCAUCCUUGCCAGCAGGCAGCCUGUACCCAGACUGCCACCCUCACCAUCAGUAUCCUUAGUAUGCAAGCUGCAGGCCUGGCAAGGGCUAGCAUGGGCUAGGACAGCACAGCCGAAGGCCUGGGCCUCACUGGUAUUAUUUGACCGGGAUCAGCGGGUACUAAGUGGCUGUUGGCGCCUCCCACUUCGGUCCUUUCCUCUGGAUUCCACCCUUAGCCUUGGGCAGCUGAAUGGGAUUCCCCAGGCAAGUGAGGCAGAGCUCUUUCUGCGGCUGGUGAAUGCAAGAGAUGCAGAUGUCCAGAGGAUGGCAGAGGUCAACCCAUCGAAUGCCAAUGAGUACCAGUACCCACCUCCGAUGGCCAGCUCAUCUUCACUGCAGGCCAGCUCCCUCACCCCCACAGCUGGCUUCCCUGAUCCUCCACCUCCUGCACAAGAAUCAGAUGGAGUCAAAGAUGAAGGAUGA